AUGCGUUUCUCCGUUGCUGCCUUUGUUGCUGCCUUUGUGCCUGCCCUUGUCUCGGCUGCCAACAUCACUGUCAUUGUUGGUGGUAAUGGCGCCCUCACGUACACUCCGGCGAACAUUACGGCUGCUGUCGGUGACUUUGUCGAGUUUGAAUUCCGUGACAAGAACCACACCGUCACUCAGUCUACCUUUGCCGAUCCAUGCACUCAAUUCAAGAAUGCUACGACUGUCCCCGUCUGGACCAUCCAAAUCGCCGAGACCUCUCCGAUCUGGAUGUUCUGUCUCCAGGGCAAGCACUGCGCAAACGGCAUGGUCUUCUCCAUCAACGCCAACGAGAGCAGCGACAAGUCCUUUGCAGCAUACAAGGCCCGCGCUGAGGCCACGCUCACUACCGGCAACGGUACGACUGGCAACACACCCAACAAUACCAAUGCUGCUGUCCCUUCACGUGCGGCAUUUGCUCCUGCCUCGCUUGCUCUCGUUGCGGCUGCUGCAGUCUUUGCUCUUUAA